UAUCGAGUGUGCCGUCGAUUGGUUUGAGCUGGCAUUGUUUAUGGACAAAAUUAUGUAGUAAAAUUAACAAAAUUUCAUUAAAAUUUAAAUCGAUAAUGUAUUAGGCUAUCGGUAAAAAUGCAGAGUGCCGUUCGGCGAUUGAGCGUGUGCCAAUUGGCUGUCGGUGUGCGCGCAUCAACAACAAGAGCAGCAGCAACUAAAAAUUUCCAGCUACAAAAAGUGUACAAACAAACUCAAACAGAUGUUCUGUGCCAAUUACGUAAGAGCUGUAGUCGUUCAGCACUAUUGGCGCAAAAAUCUAUACCGGAGUUGAUUGGCGUAAAUCAGCUGUGCAGGCACACACACACGCACACACUCUCGCAGCGAGGCAUAAGCAAAAGCAAAGCGUGUGCAGCGCUAUAUUCUAGGUACUCGGCCAGCACAAUCAUGAAUUCGUAUUGCAAAGAACUGGACCUGAUGGACUACGAUAUCAUCGGGUUCGAUCUGGACGGCACACUGUUGCGCUACAAUCUCCAGGAGAUGACGCCGCUAAUCUAUAAUGUGCUCAAGAAGUACCUGGUGGAAGUAAAAGGCUAUUCGCCAGCGCUGUUGUCCAAGGACUUGGAUAUGGAUUUCUUUCAGAAAGGACUGAUGCUGGAUGGAGUUAGGGGUAAUGUGCUGAAGCUGAGCAAUGAGGCCACCAUUCUACGUGCCUCGCACGGCACACGUCUGCUGAGUGACGAGGAGAUCGAGAAUAUCUACGGCGCCGAACGACGCUGGGAUAUGGCUACGGCCUUUUACAAUAAUCCGCUGUCCACAUGGAAUGGUCCAGCGUCGGAGCAAAUGCGCACGCUCCUUGAUUACUUUGACAUGCCUAGCGCCCUGGUCUUUGCUCAAGCAGUUGAUGUGGUGGACGAUGAGAGCGGACCAGCUGGCAAGCCCAAGGAAUACAAAGUUUGGGGGGAUCUCCUGGAAGCCCUUAUGCAUAACUACAGCCGGGAUAACUUCAGCAAUGAUUCCAGUCUCUACUUCAAGGCCAUGCGCGCUGAACCCCAUCGCUAUGUCCUGCCGAGCAGUGCCAAGCUGCUCGCCUGGCUGGAGCAGCUGAGAAACGCGGACAAGAAGCUCUUCCUAUUGACCGGCUCGAAUAUAGACUUUGCUGAUUUAACAGCCACACAGGCGCUGGGUCCCGAUUGGCGGAACUACUUUGAUUUUAUAGUCACCUAUGCCAAGAAGCCGGGCUUUUUUACCCAGAAGCGAGCCUAUUUGAAUGUGGAUGACGUGGCAAAGCGUGAGCUGCCCAACACCGAGCUGAGUCCGAUGGAAUACCUUCAGCCUGGCAAAAUCUACGCUCAGGGCAAUUGGCACCAGUUGCACCAAUCGAUGGCCAAACUCCUGCACAAAGACGCAAGUAAAGCAAGGGCUCUAUAUUUCGGAGACAAUAUCAUACAGGAUAUCUAUACGCCGGUCAAGCAUAGCGGCUUCGAUACAGUGGCCAUUGCGGAGGAGCUGUUCCUGAUGGAGGCCAAGGACUACCCCUUCAAGGCAGUGCUGCACUCGAAGUUCUGGGGCCCGUACUUCAACAACGGCUGUACACCCACUCUGUGGUCUGGCUUCAUAGCCAACUACGCUCAGAUUUGCAUCUCUUCGAUGGAUCAGAUGGCGCAGACGGCACCAACUGAACGUCUGGUGUGUAACAAUGUCAACGGCUUCUAUCCGAUGGUCCCCAAAUCGCUCGAGUGCAGCAAUCUGACGACCUCCUGGUACGGUGGUUGCGUCUGAUAAGACAAGGCAAGACUCAAAUAAGAAUUAUCUCUGAACCGGGCAUUUACCAAGUGCAUCCAAAUUGAACUACUCGACGAAAGUCAAAUAGGCAUACAAAUUAUACUCGAAAGCAAAAUAAACAUUCAUUCGACGAUCGAAAUAAUUAAGCACAUAA